AUGCUUCGAGCCGUAGCAACUCGAAACAUUACAUCCCUGGCGCGUUCCUCGACCACCGUAGCCCGACUGAGGACGAGUGUACCCGUCACAAACCCCUGGCCCGCUCGUCUGUCCCCCUCUUGCGCUUGCACCAUCACACGUGAGGAAAAGGCUUCUGAAACCAGCAGGGCGCAUUCAUCGUGCUAAGAAACAUCUUCCUCUCGCACCCAGGCCACGCCUCAUCCUCGACCGAUGCCUCGUCGUUGCAAGAUCCUCAGGAAAUCCAAGCCCAGGCGGCACUCGAUCAGGGCACACUCGCCUUGCAGCACGGUCACCUCGACGAGGCGGCCAAGCACUACCAGCACAGUUUGAGCAUAAAGGAGAGCUCGAUCGCGCACUACAAUCUCGGCGUCGUCCAGUUCGUUCUCCUCUUGCGGUGUUCAAGGCUGUCUACGCACUGAUCCCCCCCAACACCCCACCUCAGAUACCAACUCUCCUCCUUGCCCGACGCCAUCAAAUCCUUUGAACGAUCGCUCUCGCUCUCCCCCUCCGUCCCCAACCCAGCCCAAGACGUAUCCCCCUCGGACCCCUUACAGCAGCCCUUGACCCCGGCCCAACUGAUCGCCGCCGAUACGCACACCAACCUCGGCGCGGCCUACAUCCUGUCCAAACCCCCGCAACCGCAACUCGCGCUUCAACACCUGCAACACGCCCUGGCGUAUAACCCGGAGGAUGGUGAGGUGUGUUAUAAUCUGGCGGCGGUGUUGGAAGCCACGGGCCAUUUCGAUGAGGCACUGGUCGCGUUUCAGAGGAGUGAAAAAUUGGGCAUCGACAGGGCCAAGAUCAAUAUCAGGAAUGUGAGUAGGGGCGCGGGGAAAAGAGUCUGUUUUGGAAGGUGAAAUAAAAGUGGCUGACGAGGACUGCGUGCAGUUGGGCGCCAAGAUCCUCGGCAAGAUGAGGGAAGAGGAGGAGAAAAAGAGUCAGGGUGGUGGUGGUGGAGAAAAGGGGGAAGGGUCGUUGGAGACGAUGUAG